AUGCGACCGACGAAGAGUGCCAUGCAACGUUCGGAUGGGAAUCGACAUGUCUCCUUUGCCACGGGAAGUAAACGAUCGACGCAACCGCAACAGAACAGCAGGUACAGACUUGUCGUUGGUAUCGAUUAUGGCACAACAUUCUCAGGCAUUAGCUUCGUCACAACCGACAAGUCCAGUAUCGAUGAUGUUCAGGUGAUAUCUUCUUGGCCUUCAAAUCCAAACCAGAGCUCAUGGAAAGUACCAACACGAGUGGCUUACGGCAAGGAGAACCCGCACAAGAAAAACCUGAACCCGCCCAAGUUGCCCUCGAGAGAUGCUUGGGGCUUCGGUGUCGGUGCAGAUAUGGUCUCAUGUGCCUGGACGAAGCUGUUACUGGACUCCAAAUCAGAGCGCAUGGCUCACGAUGACCCUUACCUGCAGAGUGCCAUUGACAGCGGAAUCCUGCACAUCCCUGAUGGCGCUUUUCGUCGAGCACCUAAAGAGGUCUGCCAGGACUUUCUUGCCCAACUUUAUGCUCAUAUGGUGGAGCAAGUCUCUGCCCAGAUGGGAGGCGACUUCCUCGCCGCUACACCAAUGAGAUGUUGGCUGACAGUACCUGCGUCCUGGUCUGAGAGAGCAAAGAUGGACACCAGAGCGGCGGCCAAGCUCGCCGGGUUUGGCUCGAAAUCUGGCGACACCAUCGACAUAAUCACGGAGCCAGAAGCAGCGGCAAUAGCGACCUUCAAAGAAAGGAUCAAGCCCGAUGCACCCAACCCGCCCAGCCAGGGCGAGAACAUCUUGAUCUGCGAUUGUGGCGGCGGUACAGUCGACAUCACAACUUAUAACAUCGUACAGACCAGCCCGUCGUUGAUGUUUGAUGAGGUCGUAGUUGGACAAGGAGCCAAAUGUGGCUCGACUUUCAUCGACAGGAACCUUCACCUCCUCAUGGUCAAGCGUUUCGGUGACGCAUACGAGAGUGUUCCGUUACAUCGUCGCGGGCUCUUCCUGGCCGCCUGGGACCGUGUCAAACGUUCCUAUCGAUUCGACUCGUUGAGCCAGGCGCCAGUGGAAGAGCUCAGCCCGAUUCACAUGACUGGUGUCGACAAGCCUGACUGGUACGACCCCGGGGAAGGUAGUGUCAUCCUGACCAGUGAAGACAUUGAAUCUCUAUUUGCGCCAGUCGUGCAGAGCAUAAUCGGCCUCAUCAGCGAGCAGGUGCAACAGGUUGCCUCCAAGCAACAACGAGUAAAUCGUCUGAUCUUGGUAGGCGGUUUUGCAGAGUCGCACUAUCUGCAGGAAACCAUCAAGGAGUGGUGCAGAUCGCGGGACGACAUUAGUGUACUGGUGGGAGCGAAUCCUCAAGCAGCUAUCCUGCGCGGCGCAGCGGUACGCGGUCUCGAAGGCACCGCGCCUCGUGUGCGCAGGUGUCGCCGCCACUAUGGUAUUGGGUUGGCCCUGCCUUUCCGCGAAAAUGUUGAUCCGGAAGAUCGAUCUGUCACAUGGCCUUGGGACCGCAGCAAGAUGUGUAAGGACCGGGUACACUGGCUGGUAGACAAGGGCACCGCACUCGGCGCAGAUGAAAAGCGCUCUACGCAAUAUUCUCGUGUGUUCCCAGAGGGUACAGAACUUCGGGAGACAUGCAAUCUCUACAGCUGUCCCGCUGAUGAAGCGCCUGACUGGACAUUCUCCGAAGGUGUCGACAAAGUUGGUCGAGUCAAAGUUGUGCUCGAUAAGCAGAAGCUCGAGAGGAUGGACAGCCGUCAUAAAUAUGGCUGGGUGGGUUCGAAGGAGUGGAAAGUGGAUUUCGACGUCGACUUCAACUUCGGUGCUAAGAGCGGGACCAUCGAAACGAGCGUUCUUGUCCAUGGCACAGUCGUUGGGACAGCCAAGAUCAAGUUCGACUAA